AUGAACAAUAUCCGCCGUGCGCUUAGUAUACGACGACGACAACCAUCAUCACCUUCCACAGCUGUAUAUGACUAUCGUGUCCAGCCGGUUUCCUCUAUUCAUUCCGCUUCUUCAACCAUCCAUAUGAAUCAAUCGGUACCGACCAUUGCGUACGAAAGCAUCAAACACGAAAUUGACGUACCUGAACGCCUCGUGGACUUAUCGAGCUUGCAGGACAUUCUGAUUCGACACAUUGCCACCAUCUAUUUGGAACACUAUAUCGAGGAUCAAGAUUUGCAACGAAAUUUGAUCGUCUUGUUGGAGGCCAAAAAAGCGUCGUCUUUGUGGGGCAAAUUGAAAAGUCAUAUUCGCGUCGGAACUUAUAAGCACCUUCUAUAUGCGGACGCUGUGGCCACCACGGAACGAAAAUUUGGCGUACCGCUUGCAGCAUUGGCGGCUUCGCCGAUUCGUCAAGAUAAUGAUUUUCCUGCUCCAAUUUGUUUGGAGGCGAGGGAUGAUCAUGCUUCGUUUUUGCUCGCCAUGUUGCUUUCCCGAAACGCGUCCGUACCGUUGUUUGUGCGCAAUUGCAUACUCGCGUUGAUGCAGAAAGAUGUGUCUGUGGAAGGCAUUUUUCGAAAAAACGGCAAUAUCCGUGAACAGAAACAAAUGUGCGAGACGAUUGAUCAGCAGGCUUGCGACGUUGAUUAUUACUCCAAAGAAACCCCUAUCCAGCUUGCCGCUUUGCUUAAACGUUUUUUACGACAAUUGCCUGAACCGCUGCUUACGUUUGAACUCUACAAGGCUUUCAUGAUGGCAAUACGGAUGAAAAACGAAGAGGAUAUGAAAAAUAUGCUUUAUCUCACUUGCUGCAUUCUUCCUAAACCUAAUCGAGAUGUGAUGCAAGUGGUAUUUUUAUUCUUGGCGUGGGUCGCUUCUUUUCAUGCUAAAAAUAAGAUGGAUAUCAACAAUCUUGCCCGCAUCAUUGCACCAAACGUGCUCUAUCCCGCCAAAGAUACCCGAAACACCGAACAUUCCGUUACCACAGGUGACGAAAUUCAGGUCGUUGCCUUGCUGAUUAAAUUCCAGAAAGAGUUUUGCGUCAUACCUUUUCAGUUUGCCACACUUUUGCAAGAUCCGAAACUGCUCGAUCCCUCAUCAUACCACGGUCCCUUGGCUAUCAAAAAUUACCUGCGAACCUACGUCAAACGGCAUCAGCAACAGCGACCCCAUCACUCAUCACUUUUGCAUUAA